GAGGUGUCCAACCGCCUCCGCCAACAUAAAGGGGUCCCUGCAAAGACCAAGACGGUCUUCCGGAGCUUCUGCCUCGCCACAAUGAUGUGGGUCCAUCACCUGGGUCCUACGAGCAUUAAAGAGUUCAAGGUCCAGGAAUGGAACGACAGGGUGACGGAGGGAGACAGAGUCAUUAUAAAUCUGUCCAAAGGAAGCAUAAAGUUGAACCAAAAAGAAGAACAUUGGUUGGACUGCUACUUCAAGUAGCAGAUUAUUUAAAGGCUCAACCUCCGGAGGGAGACGACGGGGACCGGUUCUUCCUGGGAGCUUCAGGACUUCCUCUUCGUAACCCAACAGCUGAUGUGCAGCGACUACGAGAAAAGUACGUCAAGAGGCUGCAGGAGGCACCUACGCCACCAGCAGAGCCACAGGCAGGAAUGGUGGUCAGUCCGCCCCGGUCAGCUGCUGAGGAGGAGCCACCACAGACGCUGGAGAGGACAUCUCCACCUACCCCAGCGGUGCCGCUCCCAACUCCUAGGUUUUGGGGAGCUUUUGAAGACCUGUUUCCCGUUACCCUUCACGGGACGCCUCCCACAAAGCCGCAGGCGGCAGAGGCAGGAUUUGAGGACCGCAGCUAUUACCACUACUGGAGGAGGCUUCAGUACAAGCUGCGUGUACAGUAUACUCUUGAGCAGUCCACUGACAGGACUGGCCAAAAACCCCGAGCGUCUCGUGUCCAGCGUGCCAUGGCCAAGGAGACCACGUGGACCAGCAAUGUGCCGUCUGUGGACAGUGUUCUGCUGGCGUGGGUGCCCUGCCAGGAACCGUCCCCUGUCGCAAAUCACCCUCUCCUCAUUGCUUCUGUGGUCCAUCAGAAGUGGAAAGGUCUGGCCAUUAAGCACUUCGAGGGGAAAGGCAAAGGAGUCAUUGCCACCAUGAAGUUCCAGAAGAACCAGGUCGUGUGUGACUACCACGGUGAAGAAGUCUCCGAGCAGGAAGGGGAGCGGAGGCUGGAGACCCUCGCUGGGGAACCGUCAUACCUGUUUUUCUUCAAGGGCGAGGGUGGUGAGCCUCUCCGCAUCGAUGCACAGAAAUUCCCCUGUGACUGCCACCCUGACAAAGAAACGUUUGGGAGGAGGAUGAAUCAUUCCCGAAGGAGAAAUAAUGUGCGGCCUCGGAGAGUUUCCUUAAACUGUCCUGAAGGACCCAGAGAAUGUGUUCUGUUCUGUGCUCUACGGGACAUUGCUGUCAGUGAGGAACUCCUGUGGGACUACGGCGUUUGUAGAGCAUCUUUCGGAGGGAAAGGGAGAGAUCUUCCACGGCUUGAUGACUGACGUGGUCAUAUAUAUAUAUAUAUAUAUAUAUGUGUGU